CUCCACACCAGCAACACAACAUGAGGGCUGUCAUCCUUUUGGUGCUCGUCUGCUUCGGUAUGGCGAUGGCUCAGAACGCCGACUUCUACUGCGGGCGGCGGCUCGCUACGGCCUUGGCGUACCUCUGCGAUGGGAACCUGGUGAAGAGAUCCGUGGAGAUGGAGGAGAUGUGGCCGUGGAGGGGCAGGAACAAGAGGGAUGGCAUCAUUGCUGAGUGCUGCGAGCAGCCCUGCACCACCAGAGUCCUGCUCAGCUACUGUGCCGCGUAAGCCCAACGACUUCUGCACUACUAGUCCUAGUCUACGACCUUGCUCAAGUAUUAUUGUUUUUACAAAGUAUAUUAUGUGUUGAAUUAAUUUUUACAAAAUAAAUUGUUAUAUUGA